CUGGGAUUUGGUAGGACCCAAUCUGUAGCAGUACAAGGAAGGCUAAUUUGCAAUGGGCAGCCGGCUGCCGGUGUAAAAGUCAAGCUUUACGAAAAGGAAGCAACAUUUGACGUGAAAAUGGCUGAAGGCGUAACAAACCAAAAUGGUGAAUUCCGACUCUCUGGUCAUAAGACCGAGAUUAGCACUAUUGAUCCCAAAGUAAACGUAUACCACAAGUGCAACUACAACGGGAUUUGCUAUCGAAAAUUCGGUAUCACUAUCCCAGACAACUUCGUUAGCAGGGGAAAGAAUCCACAAAAGACUUUUGACAUCGGAACCAUCAACCUUGCCAACCGAUUUACUGGUGAAACCACUGAUUGUAUAAAUUAA